AGAGAGAGAGUUGGAGGGAGGCGCGUGCGCGUAGAGGUCAGUCUCCGUGUGUUGAGGAGGCGGCCGCGUGCGCGCUCGCGCGCGAUGUCGUCAAGUGCCAACGGUCGUUCUGUGGCUUUUUAGCGUGUUUAGCUUCGCCAUUCACAUGAAACCGCUGUUGUUGGAGUUUCGGGAAAGUCGCGUCCAUGCUGUUUAGCGGCUGAUUUUAACGCGACAUGGAGGCUUUUCCUUCUGAAAGCGAAAGGAUGGAGGCUUGGCUCGACGACAACCUGGAUUUCGCUCACUCGUACUUCGUGAGAAAAGCGAACCGGGAAAUGGUCAAUGCGUGGUUCGCUGAGCGUGUACAUUCCAUCCAGCCAUCCCGCGAAGUGUCCAAGACACUUACAGACAGCUCGAAAGCUCAUCCGGAAGCAAGCGCCCUGACCGCUUCAGGCUCCACAGAGACUCCUUCACCCAGUCCUGUUCCUUCUACACCCACACGCAAGAUCUCUGCAUCCGAGUUCGAUCGGCCGCUACGGCCUAUCGUGGUGAAGGACGCAGAGGGCUCGCUCACGUUCCUCAGCGACGCAGAACGGGUGCCCAUGCCACCUCCGGCUCCUUCUCACAAGCUGGAGCGCACAGGGGGGGACCGUUGCGCCCGUCUUCUCGAGCUUGUGCGUGAUGUGUCCAGCCACUUAGACCUGACAGCGCUCUGCCACCGCAUCUUUUUACACACACACGAGCUAAUCGCAGCUGACCGCUACUCGCUGUUCUUGGUGUGUGAGGACAGCUCCAACCGAAAGUUCCUGGUCAGCCGGCUGUUUGAUGUUGCUGAAGGCUCCACACUUGAGGAAGCAUCCAACAGUGGCAUCCGCCUGGAGUGGAACAAAGGCAUUGUGGGACACGUGGCAGCCACGGGCCAGCCGCUGAACAUUAAGAAUGCCUAUGAGGAUCCUCGAUUCAAUGCAGAGGUGGACCAGAUCACAGGCUACAAGACACAGAGCAUCCUGUGUAUGCCCAUAAAAAAUCACAGAGAUGAGGUUGUUGGUGUGGCACAGGCAAUCAAUAAGAGGUGUGGCGAGAACAGCACCUUCACAGAACAAGAUGAGAAGGACUUUUCCUCCUACUUGGCUUUCUCUGGGAUUGUUCUACAUAAUGCACAACUCUAUGAGACAUCACAGCUUGAGAACAAGAGGAAUCGGGUGUUGUUAGAUCUGGCCAGUCUUAUUUUCGAAGAACAACAGUCUUUGGAAGUCCUGCUGAGGAAGAUCGCAGCCACCAUCUUGUCUUUCAUGCAAGCUCAGGAAUGCACUAUAUUCAUUUCUGAUGCUGACACAUCGAAUGCUUUCUCCAGUGUGUUCCAUAUGGAGUAUGAAGAGCUAGCUGGAUCUGUGGAUUUCCCUAACAGAGACAGUGAUGUAAGUAAGAUCAACUACAUGUAUGCUCAGUAUGUGAAGAACACCAUGGAGGCACUGAACAUUCCUGAUGUCACAAACCUGAUGUCUGAUCAGAGAUUCCCUUGGACUAGUGAGAACCCAGACUCCCCAACCUACCAUGUGAAGAGUUUGUUGUGCACACCAAUCAGGAAUGGAAAGAAGGAUAAAGUUAUAGGCGUUUGCCAGUUGGUCAACAAGAUGGAUGAAUCUACGGGUGAGGUGAAGGCCUUUAAUCGGAACGAUGAGCAGUUUCUGGAGGCCUUUGCCAUCUUUUGCGGGCUUGGCAUCCAGAACACUCAGAUGUACGAGACUGUGGAGAGGGCCAUGGCCAAGCAGGAAGUCACCCUUGAGGUUCUCUCUUAUCAUGCCUCCGCUGGGGAGGAGGAGACGCGGGCGCUCGAGGUAACUGCGGCAGCCACUAUUCCCUCAGCUCAGUCUCUGAGGCUACUAGAGUUCAGCUUCAGUGACUUUGACCUGUCUGACGCUGAGACCACCCAGGCCACUAUCCGCAUGUUUGUGGACCUCAAGCUUGUGCAGAACUUUCAGAUGAAGUACAAGAGCUUGUGUCAAUGGAUCCUGAGUGUGAAGAAGAACUACAGAAAGAAUGUGGCCUACCAUAACUGGCGGCAUGCCUUCAACACGUCUCAGUGCAUGUUUGCCAUACUCAAAUCUGGGAGGUUACAGAACAAUCUAAGUGAUUUGGAGAUACUGGCCCUGAUGAUUGCGACUCUGUGUCAUGAUUUGGACCAUAGAGGUGUCAACAACUCAUAUAUCAAGAGGAGUGACCAUCCUCUAGCUCAGCUCUACUGCCACUCCAUUAUGGAGCAUCACCACUUUGACCAGUGCCUCAUGAUCCUCAACAGUCCAGGCAGUCAAAUUCUAAGCAGUCUUUCACUGGAUGAGUAUAAAACUACGCUGAAGAUGAUUGAAAAAGCAAUCUUGGCAACUGACCUGGCCCUCUACAUGAAGAAACGAACAGAGUUCUUUGAACUAGCAAAGAACAACCAGUUUAAUUGGGAGGACGAUUGUCACAGAGACUUGCUAAGGUCCAUGCUGAUGACUGCAUGUGAUAUCUCUGCCAUUACCAAACCCUGGCCUGUACAAAAGAGGAUAGCUGAGCUUGUUGCCACAGAAUUCUUUGAGCAAGGGGACAAGGAAAGAGAAGAGCUGAACAUUGAACCUAUUGAUCUGAUGAACAGAGAGAAGCGUGAUAAGAUUCCCAGCAUGCAAGUGUCUUUCAUCGAUGCCAUUUGCACACAGCUGUAUGAGACACUGGCCAGUAUGUCAGAUUUCUGCUCCCCCCUACUGGAAGGCUGCAGGAAGAACAGGCAGAAUUGGAAGCUGCUUGCCGAACAGGCUGAGGAGGCGAGAUUACUGAAUGGAGGACUUUAAAAGGCUCAUCCCAGUCAGCACAAGAUAAAGUUUACCCCUUUCCCUUACCCCCAGGUCCUUCUUCAUACCACAUACCACACACUGAAGCUUUAAGCUACAAAUUAUUUCCAGUCAUGCUAUGAAGAGUUCACCAACCACUAUGGAGUGAAAUGUAAUUUUACCUUUGGGAUGUAGCUGAAUCAUAUUGGUUCCAUGUAGCUUGGGGGGUGAGGGAACACAACACUAAAGCAAUAUGGUCUAUAGUACACACAUAUUCUGAGUCACCUAUGUGUGUUUGUUACUUAAAAAAAAAUCACACAAGCUCUUGUUUCCUGUAAAGAAGAGGAGUGAUAACAGUUACGCUUUAUGUUUGUAUCAGCUUUGGAAGUUAAUAGUUUCUGCCAGUCUACUCACUGAAACUCAUGCUUUCAGGAAUGAGUCUAAUUGGGCAUUUAACAGCGAAUGCUUCACUGAUUGGAUAGGUGUGAGUAAAAUAGCUAUUACUUGCUUGGACCUUUUCAGGUAAUCUUAGAGUAAGGGGGGCUGGUGGGGGGAAAAAAGAUUAUAAUCUUUUUAUAGUCACGCCAAACCCUGCAUAGCGUCUAUGCGAGGACAUUUAUACAAAGUUUUAUUUAUUGUUUUAGUCCCAUGUCAGGGUUUUCUGUAGCUCACUCACUGAAAUGAAGAAGCAGAGGCAUAAAAGAAAAUAAUUUAUUCAUCACUACCGUGCACCGUACAAUUAAGCUAAUAUACUCAGCUUCAAUGGAACACACCCACUUCAGAUAUGUAGAAGAAUGUCAUUUUUUUCCCACAUUGUGUUACUGUUUUCACCUGUCUUUUGUAUAUUUAUUAACUUUAUAUCAUGUUGUGAGAACUUGGUUACUUAUGUGUAACUCUUGCAUAAAAGUAAGGAAGGAAAAAAUAUAUAUUUAAUUGUUCACAAA